AACAUUGAAGCGCGUUGCCGAGCAGACAAGCACAGUGUGGAGGCCACGUAGACAUCUACAUUAGCAGCCGCAGCCGCAGCCACAGUCAGAGUCAGAAUCAGAGUAAACCAACGCUGUCCCCGGGCGAAGACAUCACAACUGAGCCACAAACUCAAACUCAAAUUCAAAUUUAAACUCUCAACUAAAGACAACAGAGAAAAAGAAAAUACAAACAUGUCUAUCUCCGAUUUUCGCAAGAAGAAGCUGCUUUUCCUGUUCAACGUGUUCUUUGAUGUGAACCAAAGCGGCGAAAUUGACGUUAAGGAUUUCGAGCUGGCCAUCGAGCGUGUGUGCAAGCUGCGCGGCUGGGCAAAGGACACGCCAAAGAACAAGGAGACAUACGAUGUCAUGAUGGAAAUUUGGACUGGUCUGCGAUCGAAGGCUGACAAGGAUAACGAUGGCCAGGUCAGCGUGGAAGAGUGGUGCAACAUGUGGGACGCAUACGCCAAGGAUCCCAGCAGCGUAAUGGACUGGCAGAAUACGUACAUGAACUUUAUGUUCGAUUUGGAGGAUGCUUCGCAUGAUGGCGGCAUCGAUGUGACGGAGUUCACUCUGGUCUGCUCCAGCUAUGGCCUGGACAAGAAGGAGUGCGAGGAGGCGUUCAGCAAGAUGGCCCAGGGUCAAAGCGAUGUGACUCGCGAGCAGUUCGCCGCCUUGUGGAAGGAGUAUUUUGCUGCCGAGGAUGCGAACGCGCCCGGCAACUUUAUUUUUGGCAAGACAUCCUUCUAACUGCUGUUCGGAAAUUCCUGAUCGACUUUGUCUUUGCCAUUGAUAUAUUCAACAAGAAAAUAUUGAAAUUACAUUCUAAAUUAAAGCUAAAUCAACAGGAGGCUUCAAAUUCCAUUUCAAUCUUGACAAUUUGUAGCCCAGUUAACGGUUGGCAGUCCUUAAAGCUCAGACGUUGUUAAUUAAAUGUUGUUGUCAACUGUAACUCAACUUUUGCUCAAUUCAAUGUUCUAAUUUACUAGCCUAAUAAGUUAAAUGGAAAACAUCUAGCUAUUAUUUAUAUUUUGUAUUCUACUUAUAUAGUAUACGAGUAUAUAACUAAUUGUUGUGUGUGCAAGCUCAAUAUGAAAAUUAUAUCUAAAAGCUCAAUUAGAACAGGAUUCGUGUAAUCUGGUGAAUACUGUUGAUGCGUAAAUUAAACCAAUUAAACUGUCAAAUUAUUUUGUGUGUGUAGUUUAUCGUCCCAAUAUCUGGCGUUUAAAUUUAUAUGUAAAUGUAAAGUGUUUCAACCAAUACAAAUAAUAAAUGC